CGAGAGAACCCUAAAUUGAGAAAUCCCCAAAAAGGGAAAAACCCUAAAAAGAGCGAAUCCGAGUUCAAUCGAUUUGAUGGCGUUAAUCGAGAGAGAUCCCGGCGGCCCAACGCCUGAUUACGACGAAGAAGGUGAAGAUAGAGACCAAUUUCACAUCGAGCAGAUGAUUGAGGAGUUUGUCGAUGAACCUCCAAUCCGCCACGAUGUGUACCCAGAGAGUGAAGACGACGGUGACGAUGGUCCGGUAAGAGCUCGUACGAAUAUGAGGCGUGGUAAUGGGGAGUUGUUCUACAAGCAGGCGUUUUUCAAUGGGGUGGCUUUCAAGGAGGCGGUUCUCGAUUAUGUUCUCAAAACUGGGAGAAAUCUGAAGCAGUACAGGUAUGAUAAAGCGAAAAUAGGGUUUAAAUGUGUUGGUGUUAAUGAUGAGGAUGGAUCUAAAUGUGAGUGGAAGGUUUAUGCGUCAAUUCUGUCAAAUGAUAAGAUGUGGAGGAUCAAUAGGUUCAUCGAUAAGCAUAGCUGUAUUCCAAAUGGAGAGUGUGAGAUGUUAACAGUGCCGCAUAUAGCUAGGUUGUUUGUUGAUAAGAUUAGGGAUGAUCCUGAGUUCUUCAUGCCAAGGAAGAUUGAAGAAAUUGUAAAGGCAGAUUGGAAGAUCAGUAUCACUAGGCCUCAGUGUCAAGCUGCUAGGAAGACAGCUUUAAAGUGGAUUGAGAGGGAGUAUGAUGAGCAGUUCCAUAGAUUAAGAGAUUAUGCAGCUGAGAUUAUGGAAGCAAACCCGAAUUCACAUGUUGAGGUCGAAUGUAUUACGGAUGAUGAUGGUAAAGACAUGUUCAACAGGUUCUAUGUUUGUUUUGACAACAUAAGAAGAACAUGGAUGGCGACUUGUAGGCCGAUCAUAGGAAUUGAUGGUUGCUUUUUGAAGAAUAAGAUUAAGGGUCAACUAUUGGUAGCUUUAGGCAGAGAUGUAAACAAUGGUAUAUAUCCAAUAGCAUGGGGAGUUGUCAAGGUUGAGAACUAUGAAAAUUGGUUAUGGUUUGCUAAGUUGUUGAAAGAAUACUUUGGGUUAAACGAUGGUGAUGGAUUCAUCCUGAUGUCCGAUAGACAAAAGGCAAGGAUUGAUCAAGGCUGCUUCGUGGAGUUACCAAAGAUAGAGCAUCGGAUGUGUGUUCAACACAUCUACGGUCACUUGAAAAAGGCUCAUGGAAAUAAAGCCCGACUGAAGCCACUGCUUUGGGAUUUGGCAUGGUCUUACAAUGAGUCAGAUUAUAGGCAGCAUUUUAACAGCUCCAUCAACAAGGCAAGAGAGAAGCCUUUUGUUGCCAUGUUAGAGACAAUAAGACGACUGGCCAUGGUGCGAAUUGCAAAGAGUUUCUUGCGGCUGAGCACAAAGCAGCAUCUACGGCUAAGGUAUCAACAAGCACAAAUGGGACCUUCAAAGUCAAAGUCAGUGGAGACACUCACCGUGUUUGUUUAA